AUGCAAAUCAUUUUCCCUUUUUUCCACACAGAUGAAGCGGAGUCCCUCAUGCAGAAGCAGCAGCAACAGCAGCAACAGCAGCCGCAGCAGCAGCAGCAGCCGCAGCAGCAGCAGCAGCAGCAGGACGAGGACGACACAGCUCGCCUCCGCGAAGAGCUCAAUCGACUUGCGGAUGAGGCUGCAAGCCUGAGGCGGCACGUGGCGGUACUUGAAGAGCAGCUGCAGCAGCAGCAGCUACAACAGCAGCAGCUCCAAGCGCAGCAGCUGCAGCAGCAAGACGAAGAGGACCUGCAGAAGCCAAAGGAUUUGCUGCAGGAGCAGCAGCAGCAAAAGCAGCAAACUGCCGAAGCAGCAGCAGCAGCAGCAGCAGCACCAACAACAACAGCAGCAGCAGCAGAACCAGAGAGGCCAAAGACGCCAGCUUUUAGUACUGCAGCGCUGCAGCAAGGAGAGGAACUCCUUGCCAAAGACACCCAAAGCCGCGCGAAGGCUCUUCAAGCUGCUGCUGCCUUCGAAGGAAACAGCGGCGCCGCUGAGCUGCUGCAGCUGCAGCAGGAGCGCUUGUUGCUGCUGCGGGAGCAGCAGCUGCUUCAGCGAGAGGAACAGAUCCAUAGGGAGAUGCUGCUGCAGCAGCAGCAAAUAUUGCAGAACCAUCAGCAGGCGCUGCUGCACUCACAGCGAAAAGGACAGCUGCAGCAGCAGCAAUUGUUGCAGCUACAGCAAAGUGAGCCUGCGCAGCUAUUGGAGCAACAGCAGCAAGACGAGCUGCAUCAGCAGCAGCAGGCUGCUGAUGCAGAUGAGGAGCAUUCGCAGCAGCGGCGGCAGCAGCCGCAAGAAAAAGGGCAGUGGCAGCAGCAGCAGCAGCAGCAGCAUGAACAGCAGAGGACGUCGAUGGAGCUGAAGGUACUGCAGCACGGGGACGAGCAGCUGCGGCAGCAGAGGACUUCGCAGCAACAGCGAUUGAGCGAUGAGCAGCUGCAGCAAAUGAACCCGAACAAGCAGCAGCAGCAGCAGCCGCAGCAGCAGCAGCAACAAAAACAGCAGAAAGACGGCGCAGAGUGUGGAACUGCUGCCCAUAGGGGAAGCAGCAAAACAACUAUGGGUGUCGCUUGCGCUGCUACUGAGGUGUACGUACACCCCAAACUUAACCCCCGCAGCUCUGUGGGGGGCCCAACGCCCUUCCCCCCAAGGGGCCCCCUGCCUCUUUUUGCUGCAGUUUGUUUGUCUUGUGGACCUCCUGCGAAGCAACAAAAGAAAGAAAAGAGGCAAAAGAGGGCCUCAGUCUCUUUUGCUGCUGUUCCGCGCGCGCACUCGACCCCAAUUCGUUGCCUCUUGUUCUUGCCAGAGGCAGGGGGGCCCCCUGCUGCAGCAGGGGGGCCUCCUGCUGCAGCACGGGGGCCCUCCGCUGCAGCAGAGGGGCCCCCUGCUGCAGCAGGAGGGCUGGGGGCCCCUGGGGUGGCCCUCAUAACUGCCAGCGACGCGAAGCUGAAGGUUUGGGACUUGAGCUGCAUGGCGUGCAAGUGGAGAUACACCCCAAGCUGGGGUGACACAGCAGCAGCAGCAGCAGCACCAGCACAAGCAGCAGCGAGCGGUUCUUUGGUCCUGUGGGGUCUUGGUGCUGCACUCAGUGGCUCCCUGGUCGUUGCGGGCGUCGGCGGCUGCCUCCAAACAUUCGACCUCAGGGCAAAACGGCCGCAGCAAAUUUACGCUAAGGGCCUCAAGGGAGGGGCCCCCCAUUGCCUUGCAGCAGAUCCGGGGGGCCCCCAUGUUUCUGUGUCUUCUGGAGAUGGAAUUCUUCGCUUAUUAGAUCUGAGACAAAACAAGAAAGUCCUGUUUGCUGCAGAGGUGCAGGCGG